ACACUUAACGUUGAAGGUGCGUCUGUUAGGGUGUAUUUUAAGGGUUUAGUGAGUGAAGAGACUAUGAGAGGUGAGAAGGUUUUGUUGGCUGGGAUUGGUGUUGCGGUUUGUGAUUUGACUAAUAAUUUGAUUUUUGAAGUUUCUAAAUCUGUGGUUGGGAAUGGAACUAGUAAAAUUACUGUGGAGCUUAAGGCUUUGAUUCAAGCUUCCAAUGCUGUUAUUGCUUUGGAUUUGACGCGUGUUAGUUAUUAUGGUGAUUACUAUCCACUUUUCCAAUUUUUAAGUGGAAAAUGGCCUGCGAAACAGCCGAAGAUUGCUAUGCUACAAGUUGAUGAAUGUCAGCACAGGUAUUGCUUUUCUUGCAUGAAGCAACAUGUGGAGGUGAAGUUGCUUCAUGGAAUGGUGCCAAAAUGCCCUCACGAGGGAUGCAAGAAUGAACUUCUAAUUGACAGUUGCCGGAAAUUCUUGACUUCUAAAUUAAUUGAAACCAUGCAACAACAAAACCGGUAA